AUGGACUCCCUAGACGAUGAUCUCGACGUGGCGGUACUCGAGACGGUCAAGUCGGUAGCCAAAGCUAAAUCUAGGCAGAAGCAAACUCAAACUCCUUGCCACCAUAAAAUAGACGCGCUUGCUCUAGCGACUUACAUAUACCCUACAAACUUGGCUAUACGUGAUUACCAGUACAAUAUCGUGCACAGGGCGUUUUUCCACAAUAUAGUGGUGGCCCUUCCGACAGGUUUGGGAAAGACGUUUAUUGCCAGCACGGUGAUGCUCAAUUACCUACGGUGGUUCCCUGAGCUGAAGGUGAUCUUUAUGGCCCCCACAAAACCGUUGGUGGCCCAGCAAAUCAAAGCGUGCUGCGGAAUCACAGGGAUUCCGCCUCUGCACGUGGCUAUCUUGCUUGACAAGACAAGGAAGAACAGAGCAGCCAUCUGGGACGAGAAACGGGUUUUUUUCACCACCCCCCAGGUGGUGGAGAACGAUUUGGCUAUGGGCAUUGUCGAUCCGAAGUCUGUAGUGCUUUUGGUCAUUGAUGAGGCUCACAGAGCGAAGGGAAAUUACGCGUAUAAUAAUGUGGUGAAGUUUUUAGAUCGGUUUAACAAAGCCUACCGUAUCUUGGCCUUGACGGCAACUCCAGCUUCUGACGUUGAGGGUGUCCAAGAGAUCGUCACCAAUUUACUGAUCUCAAAGAUAGAAGUGAGGACAGAGAAGAGCAUAGACAUUUUCAAGUAUCUCAAGCGGAAACUCGUGGAUCGUGUAACUGUGGGUCAGUCUGACGAGAUCAAGCAGGCCAUAGAUUGGAUCUGUGAAGCAAUAAAGCCAACACUUGAGAUUGCUAAUCAACGAAACAUUUACGAGGUAAAGGAUCCGCAGUAUAUUAAUGCUUUUUCAGCUUUGACUAGCCAGAAGAAAAUAAUCAUGAAUCAUCUGAUGCCUGAAGGUCUCAAGUGGUCUAACUACUUCAUUCUUCAACUUUUAGUGCUUGUGGGUCAAUGCUUACGAAAACUCAACAUCUACGGCAUACGCUCAUUCUUCAGCUACUUCAAGGACAAGUAUACAGAGUUUGCAACAAAAUAUAACAACAAAAAGUCUACCAAUCACAUGGCAGCAAAAUUCUACUUCCACAGCUCCAUCAAAAAGCUACUUGCGUUUUGCGAAGAUGCUAUAAAGAAUCCUCGCUACUUGGGUCACCCUAAACUUGAGAUUGUCAUAUCAGAGCUCACUUCCUUCUUCGAAACAACGUCACAUAAAGACUCCCGUGUAAUUAUUUUUACGGAGUUUCGAGAGCUGGCUCUUGAUAUUGUGCGAGCUAUCGAGCAACAAGGCUCGGGUUUGAAGCCACAUAUAUUUAUAGGGCAAGCCAAAGAGAAGGAAAAAUUUGACGAGGAGAAGUAUUUAACCAAGCAAAAGAAAAAAAGGAAGAGAAAGAAUGAUGAUGAAGACGAUGAUGCUUCAACUCCUGCUUCCCUUUCAUCGAAAAGACCACUGAGCUCCUCAGAGCAAGCCCAGAUUCAAGGAAUGAAUCAAAAGACACAGAAGGAACUUAUCAGAAAAUUCAAAGCUGGUGAGUACAAUGUGCUUGUUGCAACGUCGAUUGGAGAGGAAGGUUUAGAUAUUGGCGAGGUGGACCUCAUUAUAUGCUACGACUCUACAUCAUCGCCGAUCAAGAACAUUCAAAGAAUGGGAAGAACAGGAAGAAACAGAGAUGGUAAAGUUCUUCUCUUGUUUGCAGGAAACGAAGAGCUGAAAUUCGAUAAGGCAAUGGGAGGCUAUGAGUAUAUCCAACAGCAUAUUACGAAUGGUAACAUGGUUGAGCUACACCAACAAAACCGCAUAAUACCACCUCAAUUCGACCCAGUCGUCAAAGAGCAAAAGAUAGAAUUGCCAGACGAGAACAUACAAAUCCAGAAUGAGGACGAUGAAGACGAGAUCAUCAAGAUCGCCAUGAAGUAUAUGAACAAAAAGACAAGAGCAAAGAAAGACAAAGGGAAAAAGAUAGAGAAGAGGUUCUUCAUGCCUGAUGACGCUGAAACCGGUUUCCAGUCAGUUGGAGAUAUGCUCAAGAAUCUCGACGGAGCUAGAAAACGUCAAAAGAUUGAAGAAUCAGAGGAUGAUUUGAUACCUGAUGAAAUUUUGCUGCGGUCCGACGAGUCAAGUUUCCAGAAGCUUUCUCUGUCUCCGCCAGUAUCGAAGACUCCAAAUCUGACAAAAGUUUCGAGACAACCUACCUUAAUUACUACUCCAGGAAAGUAUACGGGUACAUCUUUGGGCGUUAAGAAGAGAACGGUGAAUGUCAUUAAUCAAUUGAAAGCUGCUCAAUUUGCUUCCAAGCUGAAUCUUAGUCAAAAUGACAACAACAUUGACCUAGAUCCCGCUCCUGACGAUGAUCUCGCUUUUGAUGAUGACGAUGACGAGAUCCUUGCUCUUGUACAAAGAACGAGCUCGAUGAACAACACCCAAUUGCUGCAGAAUAGUGACGAAAAAAUUUUUUCUAAUAACUUCACAAGCGGCGAGGGACUCCUCACAUCCGAGCAAAACACCGAGCUUUACAUGUCAUACUACACUCCUGUGAACUUCAUGGACUUGCAAUAUAUUUAUGACCCACAAAACGAGGCUGCUUCUGGCAGCAUCCAGCAUUCAACCACUUCCAAAAAUUACUUGCGUUGCGUUGCUUUCAUGUCGAAAUUGACAGAUGAGGAAAGCCACAGACUUAUACAUAAUUAUAAGUCCACAACACCAGUCAAAGGAGAGCUACCGGACUUUGUUGACUUUGACUGA